AUGCUUUCUUCAUUCAGUCAAUAUACUAGUAACUCAGAAAGCUAUUUUUAUGAUACCAUAGAGAAGUUAGAUUCUAAUUUAUUAGAAAUAAACAAUUGCUUUGAUAAAAUUACUAAUGCACAAAAAAUUUCAAAACUGGAGAAAGACCCAAUAUUGAAACUAAUGACUUUGAACGCCGAUGAAGCUAUUACAAAAGUAAAAAAAAUUAUCCCUGAAAAUCCUUCUUCAUAUAAUAUAAUCCUUGAAGGGGGAUAAUUUCCUAGCUCCCUCCUUGGAGAGUAAAAUUAUUAAUUGCAGGUUAAAAUUUUUAUAUAUUAGCUUUAUUUAAAUUUUAUAAAAAAAAAAAAACGAAUCCUCAAUAAUUAAAAAAAUUAGUAGAUUUAUCAAGAGAUUUCAUCAUAAUACUUAUCAUUUACGUAAAUAAUUUUUAUAAAAAUUAUUUUGCAUUAAAAUUUUUCUUAAUCAGAGAGGGUGGAUUUUUGCAAAAAAUAUUGAUUAUUUCAAAAAAUUUGAUUGCUCACGAAGAGGGAGAGUAUGGAGCCUUUUUGAGCUUAUAUGUCAUAAUUAGUAUAAUAAAAUAAAAUUAAAAUACAAUGCAAGUGUAUUGGAAUGCAGAAUAAGGAUCUUAUGUCUAGCAAUAAGGAAGCUCUUAUUAUAAUCCUAAAUUAUUUUAUGGACUAAGUCAAGAGCUUGAGAGAAUAAUUGAAUGUUUCAUUAAAGACAAAUUUGAAUCUUUUUUGAACGCAAGGCUCUCAAAUAUUGAGAAAACACUUGAAGAACAUGAUAAAGCUAUCAAUUCAAAUACAGAGCUAUCUAGCAAUCAACAGUCAGAAGUAUUUUCUGAUUUAUUGAGCCAAAUUGAGAAGAGAAAUAGAGAAUUCGAUAAUUGGAAACUUGAGCUAGAAAAUAAAGCGAUAUCUGUUAAUUCUAAAAUUAAUAUGGCCAAAUAACGUGCUGAGACCCCAUCUUCUCACUGAUGGUGAUACAUCAAUAUAUGGAAUUAUUUUUAGAGCUGUGAGUUAGUCCGGCAAUAUCAGGAGUAUUGAGGAGGAAGGCCUAAGAAUUAGCAUGUUUGUUUAUGGCCUGAUAUAAUAGGCAAUUACUAACGAACUCUUUUUCCAGCAGUGCCCAAGAUAGAUAAGGCGACUUACCUGCUUAUGAAUCUUGAAAGCGAUUGAGUAUUUUUCCAGAUAUAGCGUGAAAAAAGAGGAUGAGGUGGGAAGAAAUUCAUGAUUGUUUUUUUACCUCUUUUUGCACGAAAAUAGCAGUAAAAACCAUUUGAAUUUUUUUAAGUGGAAAAAAAUACCGGUACAAAAACCAUGUAAGAACUUCUCACAUAGUUUUGUUUUUCCUAAAAAAAAAUUUAAAAUGUUUUUUAGAAAAAGCAACUGUAAUUUUUGUUUCUGCCUUGCCAAAAAAAAGAGACGUGAGUUAGACUAAUAUCAGCGGUCCAUUUUGUUUGUAAAUGUCGAUAAAUUUGACUAUAUGGCCAGAAGUAUGAGGCAAGAAAAGGCGAAGAACUGAGUUGGAAAUGAAGGUGUCCGGCAAAGUGUCGUAUCAAUAGGGUAUAAAACUAGAAAAAAGCUAGGAGUUUUUGCCGACUCAGACAUGCCAAAGAUAGAAGCCAGCCACUUCGCUUGUGCCACCAAACGUUGCCUACUAGGGAUGUGUGCUUAUGAAAGAUAGGAUUAAACAUCUUACACUAAUAUAAUCCUCAAAUUAAUCAAAUAGCUGAAGACAUUGAAAAAAGGCUCUCCAUAUUAAAUGAGAAACAAAAAAUCGUUGAAAACUGAAUUAGAGAUCUUCAAUUGCAGCUGCAAGACAAAACCUCUGAGCUUUUAAAUACAAAUAAUGAAUUGAAAUUAGAAAGAGAUUUCAGAAAGGUUUGUUUUCCAUACGAGAACGAACUAAGAUCGAUUUGUUCUUCGAUUGCACCACUCAGCCAAGCUUAUCAAGACUACAUAAAGGCAUUCCACCACAAAUCAUCACUCUAUCUUGUUGCUAAAGUCAAUGAUUCUACUAAUUUGUUUAUAUAUGAUACUGAAAAUGAAAGAGAGGAAGUUAAAGUGCUAAAAACUCCAGAAAUUUUAAGCACUGGCACUUGCUGGGCCAAAAUUCCGAAUGGUGGGUUGUUCUGCUUCGGAAAUUAUCCAUCUUCAGGCAUUUCGCUAAUAAUAUCAGAAAACGGUGAAGUUCAAAUGCUACCAUAUGGAACGCCUUGCCAUUUAUCAUCAGCUGUAUACUUCAAUAGAAAUGUUUAUUGCUUUGGAGGCGUAUACAAUGGAAUUCCAUCAAAUAUAUCAGAUAGAUUUGAUUUAGAAAGAAAUCAAUGAGUUAAAUUAAAUUCACUUCCUCAAUUUGAUUACAAAUGCAGCUGCAUACUGGUUAACGGGUAUAUUCUGAUAGCUGGAUGCGUCAGUAGAAAUCUUUGGAGAUACUCAAUUUCCCUCAACUGUUUCGAGAGAAUCUUAUACAAAUUUGCAGGAGAAAAGAGAAAAUUGUUGAUAAAUCUGGGCAAAUUGUACUUAAUUGAAUGCGAUGGAUCAAUUUAUGAGAGUGGUUUUAAUGAUGACAAUAAUUGAAAACAAAUCGCAAACGCAAAAAUGAGUUCUAAUGUUCCUUCUCAAGUUGGAUGCUCAUUCAAUAAAGGAACGGUAUAUAUCGGAGCCUCUAUAGAUGAACGAUACUUUAAGUUUAAUUUGAGCGAAAACGUAAUGCUUAGACUUUAA